AUCAAUGAACUGAGCCAUGUUCAAAUCCCUGUCAUGUUGAUGCCAGAUGACUUCAAAGCCUAUUCAAAGAUAAAGGUGGACAAUCACCUUUUUAACAAAGAAAACAUGCCGAGCCAUUUCAAGUUCAAGGAAUACUGCCCAAUGGUUUUCCGGAAUCUUCGGGAGAGGUUUGGAAUCGAUGACCAAGAUUUCCAGAACUCCCUGACCAGGAGUGCACCCCUUCCCAAUGACUCCCAGGCACGCAGCGGGGCUCGUUUCCACACGUCCUACGACAAGAGGUACGUCAUCAAGACCAUCACCAGUGAGGACGUGGCUGAAAUGCACAACAUCCUGAAGAAGUACCACCAGUAUAUUGUGGAAUGUCAUGGGAUUACCCUUCUUCCCCAGUUCUUGGGCAUGUACCGGCUCAAUGUGGAUGGCGUUGAAAUAUAUGUGAUUGUUACGAGAAAUGUGUUCAGCCAUCGUCUAUCUGUGUAUAGAAAAUAUGACUUAAAGGGCUCCACAGUGGCUAGAGAGGCGAGUGACAAAGAAAAGGCCAAAGAACUGCCAACUUUAAAGGAUAAUGAUUUCAUUAAUGAGGGCCAAAAGAUUUAUAUUGAUGACAGUAACAAAAAGGCGUUCCUGGAAAAACUGAAAAAGGAUGUCGAGUUUCUCGCCCAGUUGAAGCUCAUGGACUACAGCCUGCUGGUGGGGAUCCACGACGUGGAGCGGGCGGAGCAGGAGGAGGUGGAGGGCGAGGAGAACGAGGGCGAGGAGGAGGCGGAGAGCGACGGCACGCCCGCGGUGGGCACCCCUCCCGACAGCCCGGGGAACACGUUGAACAGCUCCCCGCCCCUGGCUCCCGGCGAGUUCGACCCGAGCAUCGACGUGUACGGGAUUAAGUGCCACGAGAAUUCGCCCAGGAAAGAAGUGUACUUCAUGGCCAUUAUCGACAUCCUCACUCAUUACGAUGCAAAAAAGAAAGCUGCCCAUGCUGCAAAAACCGUUAAGCACGGGGUGUCUCCAGUCCGCCUUCUUGGAAAACAAAGGUCUUGUUCCCAUUGCCUCAGAAGGCUGGAGCAGAGAUCUCAACUGUCAACCCGGAGCAGUAUUCCAAGCGCUUUUUGGACUUUAUUGGCCACAUCUUGACGUAACCUCCCGCACAGCCAUGGGUGGGCACGAACGUGGGACGAGCAGAGGUGGCUCCGGUGAGGGGAAGCCGUGAAGCGUUCAUCUUGCAGGAAGCAAACCUUGUUUACAUCUUUGGGCCAAGAUGACUGACGGGGGCCGCUUGCUCUAACAGCUACCUGAUAUUUCCCAGCAUCGUUCUCACUACUUCGGACUCCGUGUGUGUGCUUGCUCGCGUGCACAUUUUUAGCAAGUGAAUGAAUUCAAAUGGACCAGCUUGAAUCAGAAGGAACCCUCAGAUUCUAGCCGCGGCCGAAGGAGUGGGUCCAUGGGGGAGGCAGGAGGAAAUGGAUGUCAGCGCGCGUGUGGCAUCAGCUGGCAGACUGUGGACCGCUUUAUUCUCUUGAGUUGAAAGAUGUAAGACAGUAUUCACAAUAAUAAUGACGGUGAAAAUAAUAACGAUGAUGCAAAGGAAAAAAA